CUGGUCCUCACCCUCUGAGAGUGGAAGGGUGGGGGUGGCGGACGCAGCGUUCCUGGCUGGGAGCCCAGAGGAGUCUUUUGUAAUCACAACAUGAUCUCGUGUGCUGAGCGGCAAAGCCGGCAGGGAGAGGCCGGCCGAGGCCUGGCUCCGGUGGCUCCAGCUUCCCUCCUGCUCUGGCUCCCCCAGGGCUGCUCUGGAAUUCUCUCCGUGCCAGCAGUUGCCAUGCACUCAGCUGGGCCUCACAGAAUGGAGUCCCCAAUGAGCAGGCAGGAGGAGAAGGAUGCAGAGCUGGAUCGGAGGAUAGUUGCCUUGCGCAAGAAGAACCAGGCCUUGCUACGCAGGUACCAGGAGAUCCAGGAAGACCGUCGGCAGGCAGAGCAGGGGGGCAUGGCUGUGACCACACCAGGGCUCCUCCGACCUGAUGGCCUCACUGUCACUAUCAGCCAGGUUCCCGGUGAGAAGCGGGUGGUCAGCAGGAACUGGGCAAGGAGCACCCUUGGACCCCAAGAGGGCAAUGAGAUGCUUCAGCAUGAAGAUGCAGAGGACUGCAGGGGCAUGUUCUGCCUGGGGCAGCGGGUGGAGCUGGCUGUGACCAUGGAAAACAAAGCUGAGGCCAAACGAAUUGUAAGUGAAAAGCCCAGCAAAGCAAGGAACCAGGGCACAGAUGGGUCACAUGGACGGUAUGGGGGUAGGAGCCUUUCCAUACCAAUGGCCAUGAGCUCGGAUUCUGCAUGGAAGGGUGUGCGGGAGCCCUGGAGUCCAGGUGUGGUCCCAGCCCCAGUCCCCCAACAGCCAGUGAGGGAGCCCCCAGGGGUGGGCUGGGACUAUGCCCAGUGGAAACAGGAGCGGGAGCAGAUCGACCUGGCCCGCCUCGCCCGGCACAGAGAUGCACAGGGUGACUGGCGCCGCCCGUGGGACCUGGACAAGGCCAAACCCACGCUCCGCAACUGCAGCAGGCCUGGGGAAGAGGGCCCAGCCAGGGUGGGCAGCAGAAAGGGUCCCAGGAGCCAGCGGAAGCUACAGCCCUCACCAGUGCCCCCUGAUGGAAAAGGCCGAGGUGGGCAAUCUGGGAGACCCUUGGUGGCAUCCACCACAGGCAGCAAAGCCCAAGGGAAGGAGAGGCUGACUGGCAGGGCCCGAAGGUGGGACAUGAAGGAAGACAAGGAGGAGCUGGAGAGUCAGGAGGGAAGCCAAAGGACUGGCAAGACCCCCAGCGAGGAGGAACAUGCACAGAAGCAGAGCGGGGUGGAGCCGGGCAGACCCGGGAGUGUCCCAGCAACCAGCCCAGCCCUGGCACCCCCAGAAGGGCCAAAAGGAGAGUCAGGCACUCCUACAGCCAGCUCUGCCCCUGGCUCUCCACGGGAGACUGAUGUGACUCCCCUUGACCUCUCCCUAGGAAAGGCCAGAAGCCCUGGGCCUGCCGAGAGCACAGAGAGCACGUGUGUGCUCACUCCUAGGCCUGUGUCCCAGCCAGAUGGUUCCCAGCAGCCCCUGGAGUGCAACAACCAGCAGGCUGCGCUGCAAGUCCAGACUUGCUUUGAGCCACACAGAGGAGCAGGAACCCUAGAGCCCAGAGAACACCGGUCUGGCAGGGCUGGGGCCCAGCAGGGCCUGGAACAGAGAAGCAGGGCCCCUAGAGGAACCAGCCAAAGGGCAAGAGGCACAGGAGGUGUGAGGAACGGGGGUCCUGGCCCUGCAGGAAGAUGCUGAGCAAAGGCCCUGGGGGCUGGGGACCCAAGUGGGGAGAGGAAAGGGGAAGAACUCAGUCAAGACUUCUAUGUGAUGGAUACCUGCUUGCUGGUGGCUUAUGCCAGUCAGACUGAGCAGUGUGGCAAACUCUAGCAAGGCAACCUUGUGAGCGCCAGGAGGCUUCCUCCUGUACCUCACCUGACCAUCCCGUGCACACAUGUGUUUUCACGUGCAGGUACAGCCCUGGUGUGUUCCCAUGCUGGCACCUGGUGUCUGAGGCUGCUAAGCCCUGGCCUGGACCUGUUGGCACCCAGGCCACAAACUUUCUCUGUUGUGGUGAGAGACCAAGGCUUAGUAGUCCUCGACACCUGGCUCUUCUGCCUUGCCAUCAUCCCCCCAUGGCCUGGCCUCUCUCUCCAGCUGCUGGAUCCUGGGUCCAAGUAGUCUCAGCAGCUAACAUGGCCAACCCAGGUGUGGACCCUUUCCCAUGGCCCUGCCUUGCACCCAGGUGACUCAGUCCCAGACUCACAGGAUGGCUGAACCAGGGGACUCUCUGCCAGCUUCCUACCUCUUCCGAAGAGGAGGCUGAGGCCCAGAGAAAAGGAGGUCACCAAGCUGGCAGGGAUUGGACUGGGAAUAGAAGAGUUCAGGUCUUUUCUGAAAAGGAGGGUCUCUGGAAAGGCCUAUUCUCUGAAGUGGGGUGUGGGGGGGGCAACCCCUUCUCCCCCACACCCAGGUCAUACAUUACAUGCACCCUGAAUGAAGGCAAGGGCCUGGCCCUGCAGCCCAGGGUCAUUUCCUGCCCUUUUUUACUUCUUUCUCUCUACCUCUCCACACAAAGGCCAGGCAAAAGCCAGGACUGAGAUCGGGAUUCCAGAGACAGAAACAGUGGCUCCAGCUAUUCAUGACAUCAGAACUUGUCUUUCCUACUUAGUCUCCAUCUGGCCCCGCCCCUGAGGCCCACGUCUGGUGAAUUAUCCAGACUCCGCACAAGCUGUGGCUUCCUCUGAUUUCAACAAACAUUUCCUGAGCACCCACUACCAGUAAUCCAGCCGGUAGGCGAUGGUGACUUUGCCAGCAAGAGGGAGGGAAGAAACUCAGUCAUCCGGUAGCUCUAGGCUGAACAGCAGGAGCUGUUCUCAGCUUUAGGUGCAGGACAGGCUGGGGGGAGGAUGGUGGUAGGAGCCCAAAGGAACCAUCCCACUGCUGCUUGGCAGAGGUAGGCCCUCCCCUCUCUUGUUAUCCUGUCCUCUGCCUCAAGCCCUUGCCUGGGUCUCACCACCUUGUCCCUUCUGCUCCCCUCCUCUCUGGUCCUGCCACAGCUGUCUCUCUCUGCAGAGAGUCAUGGGCCUCACAUGCCCCUCUGAGACUCUAGGAGAGUCCUAAUCAAACCUAGGACUUUGCUAUUGGGGGAGCUGAGGAGGGAAUAUUACUUCAGCAGAUCAGACUGUUUAGAGUGCUUCUUACAUGUUAGCAGGAAGCGUAAUGCAGAUUCUAAUUCUGUGUUCUGGGGAGAGCCUGAGCAUCUGCAUUUCUAUUAGGUUCCAGGGGAGGCCCAUGGUACUGGUUCCUGGAUUAUACUUUUGCAUAGUAAAGUUUCCCACUUUGUUGUAUGAUGUUUGUGGGGCUGGAGACAAAGGCAGACCCUAGGUGGGUUGCUGGCUAUGUAGGGGUUGAGAGGAAGCCAGAUGGUGGGGGAUUCCUGGCUUCAGAGUUGGGUGGGAAGCUGAGAGUCCUGGGGAAAAUGCUUUGGAGGGCAGCAAGUACGUGGUGCUAACUUCCUGUAGUGCACAGUGAGAAAGCUAGUCAAGAAAGGGACGGGGUGAAGGGUGUGGAAGA